AUGAGCGCGGAGGCGCAAAGGAUCGAUGCUGAUGCGAAGGCCAUGGCAAUGCCGCCUGAUGCGAAGAAGGAUGCCAAGCCUGUUAAGGUCUCCAAGCCCCGCAUCGAUUGCAUCGACGGUUGCCGCUUCGCGCUUGUCUUCCCCAUCGUCGUUGCGCACUUUGCCAGGUUUGGCACCAAGAACCUGACGGCACUCAAGCUGCUCACGCAGGAGAACGUGCUAGUCGGUGGAUUCUUUGUGAUCUCAGGGUACGUGUCUGCUUACACCUCGACAAAGCUGGGCGAGCGGAAGGCAGAGGACAAGAAGCUUGCCAAUCCAGAGCUCUUCUUCUGGCAGAGGGUCAUGGCGUACUAUCCCCUGCACUUCGUAGUGUCCACCCUCUUCGCCCCGAUGUUCAUCCAGGUUGAGAGGUGGUUCAACACGCCUUGGACCACUACGGCCUUCCGUGCCUUCCUGAACUUCAGCAUGCUGCAGGCCUGGUUCCCCAAGGAGGCGGAGAUUUGGAACCAGCCCACCUGGUUCCUGUCGGCCCUGACGUUCUCUAACCUCACCAUGCCGACGCUGGUGCUGCCACAGGUGGCGCAGCUCUCCAAGAACGGCCUUCAGAAGCUGUUCGCCGCCCUCACCGGCAUCUCGCUGCUGCAGAAGGUCUCGUACUCCGAGACCGCGCGCUUCCACAGCAGCAAGGAGCACCCAGUCAAUGGCCAGGCCAUGCACCCUCUGAUCUGGAACUUGACUCGCUUCCAUCCUUUCUGGGCACUGAUCGAGAUGACCAUGGGCAUCGUGGCAGCCAGGCACGUGAUGCUGGACACCGAGGAGGACAAGAAGAAGCCGACAACGAAUCCUCUUUGGAUGUUCCUGGCUGCCUAUGCCUCUCUUGGCCUGCGGCUGACCAGCUUCGACUUCAACGAUGCAAUCAUCCGGGGUGUGCUCUUCGUGCCUCUCUUCACCAAGUUCCUGACACAGAUGCAUCGUGACGCGUUGACUGCCAAUCCAGCCCCCAUUACCAAGUUCUUUGGCUCCAAGCCGAUGGCCACUCUCGGGUCCAUCGCAUUCCCCAUGUUCAUCCUGCAUGGUCCCAUUGGCCAGAUCUUCUACAAGAAGGUGUUGGCCAGGAAGUUGUGGGGAGGGCCCAUGUCCACCCGAUUCUUCCCGAUCUACCUCGCCAUCUGCCUUGCGUUGAGCCACCUCACCAACGAAUAUUUCGUGAAGAACAAGAAGGUGGGCGCCUUUGCCGGAAAGGUGGCCCAGGUUUUGGCUGGCUGGACUGAGGGAAUGCUCCGGGACCGUGCGUAA